AUGGCUCUAUGGGCCAUCUUCAGCCUCAGCCUUCUCUGCUGGGUUUGUUUACGGUCUGUGGGAGCCGCAGCAACGGCUACACUGCCAAAUGACAAGCCCGGGGGCCCCUUGGACUGGCUCCUGUCCGACAAGGGGCCCUUCCACCACUCUCCGGAGUACAUCGAUUUUGUGGAGAAGAAUAGACAAGGCUUCUCAACCAGAUACAAGAUAUACAGGGAGUUCGGAAGAUGGAAGGUGAACAAUUUGGCAUCAGAAAGAAGAGAUUUCUCACAGUCUCCGUUACCUUUGACAUCAGAGUUCGUGAGGAAUAUUCAACUCCUUGGCCGCAGGCCCAGCACGCAGAUGAUCACUGAUAACCUGAUCAAGAAAUAUGGUACUCACUUCCUAUUGUCAGCUACACUUGGAGGGGAAGAAGCCUUAACUAUAUUUGUUGACAAAAGAAAACUCAGUAAGAAAGGAGAGGUGAGCGAUUACUCGAGUAAUUCAUCGACUGUCACUCUGGAAGCUCUGCACCAGCUGGCCGCCUCCUACUUCAUUGACAGGGAGAGCACUCUGCGCAAACUGCAUCACAUCCAGAUCGCCUCCACUGCCAUCAAGGUGACCGAAACUCGCACUGGCCCCCUUGGAUGCAGUAACUAUGACAACCUUGACUCUGUUAGCUCAGUACUGGUUCAGAGCCCUGAAAACAAGGUCCAGCUGCAAGGUUUGCAAAUCAUCCUUCCAGACUACUUGAGAGAAGGUUUUGUGCAAGCGGCUCUAAGCUACAUCGCCUGUAAUGGAGAAGGGGAGUUUCUCUGCAAGGAUAAUGACUGCUGGUGCAGCUGUGACGCCAAGUUCCCACAAUGCAACUGUCCAUAUAUGGACAUUCAAGCCAUGGAGGAGAGUCUGGAGAGAAUCACAGAAACAUGGGGGCAUCUUCACAAAGAUUUUGAAGAAUCAGAUGAAUUCAAAGCCUUCUAUGCGAGGCUACCCCAAAACCAUUUCCUGAAUAUGUCCACCAUCCAACACUUGUGGUCACUCGACACCUUGUUCAAUGGGCGAUAUGAGCAGCUGGAGAACAACAUGCGUGUCCUAGCCAAGCGUGCAGAGAGAGUCAUCUUCAAACUCUUCAGUUUAAGUAAAAGAUGUCACCGACAGCCGCAAGUCCGCUUACCGAGAGAGAGGUCUCAGUCCUACUGGCUGAGUCAUUUCCAGUCUCGCUUGUAUUGUUCAGAGAACAACCAGCUUGGUGCAUUCUCUGAGGCACUCCACAGCUGCAGCUGUCGAUAUGAACACAUCCCCUGUCAGCUCCCUCCACCCUGCUCUAUUGGCGAAGACUCCGCUUGUGCAGAGUGUGCACUAGACAACCACACCCGAUGUGGGGGCUGCAACCAAGGCUUCACCCUGAUACAGGGGAUCUGUAAACCAAUGGUGGCAGAUUCCACAGAAAACUACCUUGGGUUUGAGACAGACCUCCAAGAUUUGGAACUCGGCUACCUUCUACAGAGAGCUGAUCGUAGGCUCGAGGUUCAUGCAAUUUUCAUCAGCAAUGACAUGCGUCUUAAUAGCUGGUUUGAUCCCUCAUGGAGAAAGAGAAUGCUGCUGACGCUGAAAAGUAAUAAGUACAAGUCCAACAUGGUGCACAUGCUGCUAGGAAUCUCUCUUCAGGUUUGCCAUACAAAGAACAGCACACUGGAGCCUGCUCUUACACUCUACAUCAAUCCUUUCGGUGGUAGCCAUUCAGAGAGCUGGUACAUUCCCGUCAAUGAAAACAAUUUUCCUGACUGGCAGGCAACAAAGCUAGACCUGCCCUUUGAGUGUUACAAUUGGACACUGACUCUUGGUAACAAGUGGAAGACAUUCUUCGAAACAAUCCAUGUCUACCUGCGGAGCAGGAUAAUGACACAAAAUGGAGUGAAUGAGAGUGUAUAUUAUGAACCUUUAGAGAUGUCAGAUCCUGGACGUAAUCUGGGCUACAUGAAAAUCAACAGCAUCCAGGUGUUUGGUUACAGUAUGCACUUUGACCCAGAGGCUAUACGUGACUUGAUUCUGCAACUGGACUACCCUUAUACCCAAGGUUCCCAGGACACAGCUAUGCUGCAGCUCUUGGAAAUACGUGACCGGGUAAACCGGCUAUCGCCUCAAGGUCAACCGAGGUUGGACUUGUUUGCCUGUCUUCUCCGACACCGACUUAAACAGACUACCAGUGAAGUAGCUCGCAUUCAUGCCUCCUUGGAGGCCUUCAGCUCCCGUCUGCCCAAUUCAGUGGAUUAUGAAACCACUAAGCUUUGCAGUUAACAGCUGCUUGGCAAGGUCUCACUUUGAAACUGUCACAUGAAUAUUAUCUGGACU